UCCCUCUACCAAACUCCACAAUCCGGCUACAGUCUACAGCUGUAUAACGGCCCUCUCUCCUCGUGUUCUCUCUUGACCAGCAGACAGUCAGCCAUCAUGUAUUACAGCCAGAGCACCAUCGGUGGUCCCUCCAUGAUCACCAGGCAGAGCCGCAGCUACACAUCAAGUGCUGCUCCCCACAAGGCUCACAGUGUGUCAGGACUCAGCUUCAGAAGUGGACCACGCAUCUCCUCUACCACCGUGCGCAAUGUCUCCUCCGGGUAUGGAGGUGGCAUGGGAGGCGGCAUGGGGUACGGCAGCGGCGGGUUCGACCUGUCCAGCGCCCUGGACCAGAGCAGCGUGCACCUGAACGAGAAGGCCACCAUGCAAAACCUGAACGACCGUCUGGCUUCCUACCUGGACAAGGUCCGCUCUCUGGAGGCGGCCAACGCCAAGUUGGAGGUGCAGAUCAGAGAGUACUACGAGCAGAAGGGCCCUGCAGCAGAGAGGGACUACAGCAAAUACUGGGCCAUUAUCAAUGACCUGAAGGACAAGAUUGCCGGCGCCACCAUCGGCAAUGCCAACAUUCUGCUCCAGAUUGACAACUCCAAACUGGCUGCUGAUGACUUCAAAACCAAAUUCGACCAUGAGCUGAUGAUGCGCCAGUCAGUUGAGGCUGACAUCGCCAACCUGCGCCGCCUGCUGGACCAGACCACCCUGACCAAGGCUGACCUGGAGAUGCAGAUCGAGGGACUGCAGGAUGAGCUGGCAUACCUCAAGAAGAAUCAUGCAGAGGAACUGGCAGCAAUGCGCUCUCAGCUUACCGGCACAGUCAACGUGGAGGUGGAUGCCGCGCCCCAGGCUGACCUCAAUAAAGUACUGACCGAGAUUCGUGCCCAAUACGAAGCCAUCACUGACAAACAUCGUCGCGACCAGGAGUCCUGGUUUAAUGAGAAGUCGGCAACCCUGUCCAAGGAGGUGGCCGUCAGCACAGAGAUUAUCCAGACGACCAAGACAGAGAUCGGUGACCUGCGGCGAACAAUGCAGGGCCUGGAGAUUGAGCUGCAGUCUCAGCUCAGCAUGAAAGGGGCUCUGGAGAAUACACUGGCAGAGACAGAAGGUCGUUACAGCGCCAUGCUCGGCGCCUUCCAAAACACAAUCAACAUGCUUGAAAGUGAACUAGGCAACGUGCGCUCGAGCAUCGAACAGCAGGGCCAGGACUACAAGAUGCUGCUGGACAUUAAGACCAGGCUGGAGCAGGAGAUCGCAACCUACAGGAGCCUACUGGAAACAGAGGAGUCCAGACCUAUUGCUACAGGGGGCUCAAAGACCACAGUCACAACCACCACUGUGCGCAGUUCCAGCUAGGAGGUGCAACUGGCAGGACAAGCUGUUCCACGCACACACAUACACACACA